CUGCAAAUUAACCCGCAGGGCCAGAUGAGAAACAGCUGUAGCAUGUCUACAUCAGAAGGCUCUGUAGCCCAGGUCCAACCCUCCGGGCCACUAGCGCGGCGUUCGUCCGCUGCCGCGCUGGCAAAGCUCGAUGACAUUACUACUGACCUAAGAAGAUCGUCAGCUUGGGCUGAAGGAAUAAUAACCGGUGACGACGAGGAUGGGGCAAAUGCGGGGCAGAUCAAAGCUCUUCUAGAGCAUGCAAAGGACAUCGUUGUCCAGCUACGAACGGUAAUGGAAAACGAUUAUGAAGUUGAUUUGAAAGACGAAGAUGGCCAGUUACCUUCUUACGACACCCUCGUCUCCAAACUCAGUGAUGCUUUCCGUCACCAGAAAGAGAUAAACCAGAUGAACGCAAAACUCAUAUCGGUUAAUUAUGUGGUGAAUCUGUCCAACUUUGCCAAAAAUCGACAUCUACAAAAAGCCGUCCUCAAGGGUAGGCAGCAAGUUCUCGAGCUUCAGAAUACUGUCGCGACUCUGGAGGGCUCCGUCGACUUCUUGUCCGUCGAGGUAGCUGUACAACGGAAGACUGCUGAAAGGUUAAAAACGGCGUUGGAUAAUACCAGGAGCCUCCUAGAAACGACAAUGAAAGAAUAUCGACAAGAGCUAAAUCGACAGCGAGAAAUACUUCGACGACAGUCAACCGUCAUCGGGGAACUUUACAGGAGCAAGUUCAAUCAGGAUUUCAUCCUGGAUUCAACAUUAUUUCUCUUUUGUCUCUGGGCGGCCAAUACCACUGUUGUCGACAUGCCCUUACGUACUGCAGUUGACUUUGUUAUGCGUCAAAUACGGUGGUGGUGGCUUUCCCCAAGGACCUCAGAAUCCGGGAGACUGGCGGCCUCGCUCUGGUUCAGAAAACGAACUAUAUGGACACGCCAAGCGGCUAAACUGGGCUUGAUAAUACUUCUCAUGCGAAGGUUACGACACGGGGCGAAAGAGUAUGGCAUUCAUAAUCGAAUUGGGGCUACCUAUCCUUAUAUAACUUCAUUCUUUGCCAUGAUGUAUACAUCAAUGGCUAAGCGGAUCAAUGGGUUGUCACUGCCUUCAUCUGAAGGAGCAUAAUAGAAGGACCAACUGGAAUAUGGAUAUCUAUGUAUAUAGAGGCCAGGACUCGGGCAGAUAUGGUUUGAGUUAUUUGACGUCAUUCACAGUACCGUUCAAGUUUGUCGUAUCCAUUCAAUAGUGCUCUAUCGCCGUAUUUUGAUAUUAUGACGCUAGGUCUGCAUGACAGACGCUUGGUUAUCCUUAUAAUUCAGACGGCAAGACGAAAUGCUAUUAUCAUACGAACAUAAACCACCGACAGAAAACGUUGCUCUCUGUCCCACUCCAGACCUUUUGUUGUAAGCAAUUACACUCAGAACCACUU